AUGAGCCCGCAUGCAACCAACAAAAGGGACGUCAACAUGAUCAUCAACAACAAUAACAAUAAUAAUAAUAAUGGUUUGUAUCCGCCUCCCUCAUUGAAGAUCAACAAGGACUCCCAUUUCAUCAAGAAAUCGCCCUCCUCCUCCUCUUCCUCCCCGUCAUCGUCCGCCUCCUCGUCCACGUCAUCGCUAGUGAACGCGGUGGCGGGAUCUGCUGGUGCGAGGCCGCCGCAGCAGCAGCAGCAGCGCCACCCGGUUAUUAUCUACACGCAUUCGCCCAAGAUCAUACACACGCAUCCGCGGGAUUUCAUGGCGUUGGUGCAGAAACUCACGGGCCUCUCGCGCUUCGACGAAGAUGCACAAGCGCCGCCGCCGCAGCAGCAGCAGACGCCGAGGACGACGAAAGCAGAGAGGGGGGAGGGUUUGUUGGAGGGGGAGAUGAUGAGUGGUAAGGGCGCCAAGGUUGUGAUGAGAAACGAGGAUAACGACUCGUCGUCGGUGAUCACGACGGAGGAGAAUUGCAGCAGCACAAAUAUUAUUAAUAGUAAUAUUAAUGUAGGGGUCAGCGUAGGCGUAGGAGGAGGAGGGGAUGGGCAUGUUCAGAUGAAUUCAUGCUUUGUGCCGCCCAAUCCUUAUAUCGGAGGGAUUCCGGUUUUUACCCCCAACGCCGCCGAUUUCUUUAGCUCCAAUCCCAUCAACCACCUUUUUACAAUAUGA